AUGCGCAACAAGCCCGGCAACACGAAGCAAUGUCCGGAAGACGACAGCCAGAUUCAAAAUACGAUGAAGAUCAAUGGCCGGGCUUACACAGGCACAGAAAUCCCCGUUUCUGUCACUCUCGGGCCUGUUUUAGAUCAGGUUCCCUUGGGUCUUUCCUUGAUCCCUCAGUAUAGCCACCAGUCGUCCGAGCUACUCGGCUACUACCUGACACGGACAGCCAACAGCAUGGGAAAUGCCUCGACUGACAUCAAUCCUUUCGUCUCCAAACUCAUUCCGUUGGCCUUCGACAAUCCCCUCAUCAUGCAACUCAUCCUAGCUCAGAGCGCAGCCCACCGCAAGGAGGAACUGCAGGAUGAUUCCGCCGGGGCCAUUGCCCAACAAUACUACACGAAAUCACUCCGACUUUUCAGCCAAGAAAUCGAUGCUCACGUUGACGAAUCUCAAGGAGGUACUCUUGUACUGUCCUUCGGCAGUCUCAUCAUGUCACUUACCGAGAUUGCUCGCGGUGAGAUUAAUGGGACUGUCUUUGAUCAUCUAGGUGCUGCCGGCCUCCUGGUCAGCAAAUUUGUUUCGAAUGCUCAGCACGACGCCUACGACAGCUUGUUUGAUUUUCUCAUCGAAUAUUACACCCACAUGACAGCCACAAGCAUGCUUUCGAUUGAUGUCCAAUAUGGCUCUCAACCAUUCUUUAACCCAAGCAUCGGGCAGGCGGCGGAGACUCUCGUGACUAAAAGCUACAUCGGCCAGAUGUGUGGCGCUUGGCUGGAGCUCCUGCUACUAAUACCAAAGAUCUUUCAGCUUGGUCAGAGUAUGAUGAAAAAGCCAACCCCUCAUGAUACCAUCAUCACUUUUGGCUGCUACCAGUCACAAAUUCAAGCAUUUUAUCCGUCCUCGUCCGCUAGCGGCUCCGCAAUCACAGCUGGUCUGGUCUUUAAACAAGCAGUACUAUUAUACCUUUGGACCAUACUAGGCAACCCUUUGAAGCCAUCCGCAGGCGACGCCUUUGCUAAAUUGAUACGAGGCGCGGUAAAUGAGGCUUUUACUCAACUGGACCGUCUUUCGACCACUGAGCGUGUCAACACUAGCUUAUGCUGGCCGAUCACCAUUAUCGGCUGUUGCACGGCUGAUUCUGCCAUUAGAAGUCAGCUGAGGGAACGUCUGCAAAUCAUGUCCCGUACCAUUGGCUUAGGAAAUAUAAAGAGAACUUUAUCACUGCUGGAAUGCGUGUGGAAAGGGGACCCUGAGAACCUAAGUCCUUGGACUUUACACAGUUCGAUGCAAGAACAGCAGAUCUGGGUAUCUUUGGCCUAA